AUGGCUAGAGGCAUACCUGAGCCCUCGUCGGGUUCAAUUAAGGCUCUACGUUACGCUUGCGACCGCUGUCAUGGGCAAAAGCUGCGGUGCCCUCGCUCCCAAGCCGCUGAUAAGCCUUGUCUUCGCUGCCAGAAAGCUCAGGUACCAUGUACCCUCAGCGUAGCACACAAGGUCGGCCGUCCGCCAAAUUCACGCAAUAGAAUUUCCAGUCUGCUGCCAACUAGCUUGCAUGCACAAAACACAAGGCCUGGUAGGUCCUUCCGGGAUAUGAGAAGGAGUCCUGAUGGAUCAACUAAGGAGCAUUGCAAAUUGCAUAAGCCUCCUCAGGACCUCAAUCCCAGCGAAAAUGGUUCUAUGAUGGACCUCGACCCAUCUUCAAUUGUACCCCAUUCGACAGCGCCAACCCAAGCCUCUUUCUCCGUUACCUCUGACUCUGCAGUCUCUAUGGACACGACAACACCAAUCACUCGCUCGAUUCCUUCGAUUUGUGAUCAAGAGUCGGAAGAAAACAAUACAUCCGUGGAUUCAGGUCAAUAUAUGGCAAUAUGGUCAGCUCAGGUCAUAGUGAUACGAUCAGAUCUUGCAGAAAACUACGACUGUCCAAACCUUGACUCUCCGGACGAGCCUACGCCUGAAGUCAACGAGAUUGGGGUGUCGCACCAUCCCGACUCACAUGGCAUCUACAGGAAUGAACCAAUGCUCGACUAUACCGCGUCGUCGGGCUCGUCCCAUUCUCAAGAAUCGACUAUAUCACAAUCACGGCAGACUAAGCCUAUAUGUCAAACAUUCGCGGAAGAGGAAUUCCAGGGCUCAUUUCACCAUUGGGGUGGUUUUUCGGCUCAGGCCGGCGCCAGCAUACCAUCAUACGAAUGGCUUUCCCACUCCAAAUUCGUCACCUGUCUGCCGAAAUUAGUUGAUCUCAACAUGAACCUUCUUCGGCUGUCGGAAAAAUCUCGAGUUACAACUGCCCAGUCCCUCAAGGCUCCAGCUGGUCGUGAAAAUGAGGUGAUUAUCGAGAUAGUUCAAUAUUCAAGGGAGCUAAUUGAUCUAAUGACAUACAUCAAGCCCACCUGUCGCUCGAGCCGUGACUCUCUUGCAAGGCAGUCGAGCACAGAUAUUUCCUACAGCAUAUACGAUACUAGCACUCACUCCGGAAGCUCUUCUCACAGCCUGGACCCAGAUAUGUACGUUCAAUACGACAUAUUGUCGGACGUUGCUUCCGGCGGGCGCACCGAGGCUGGUUCCCGGCGUGAUUCGAUGUCAGCAAGUACAUUGAUCUUCCUUGUAAUGGGAUGUUACACGCAGAUAAUGUACGUAUUCGAAACGAUCAUCGACUGUCUAUAUCAAGAUCCAACAGCAUCUGCCAGUCAAAGCCGCAGCGGAUCCUCGCUGGAGACUUGCCUCCAUAUUCACACGAUUACGUACCUGCUCGAUCACUUGCACAAAGCCCUCUCUGCCUAUCCACCGGACAUUCCUCGAGACAAUGAGUUUGACAAUAUCAUAUAUAAUGACGACAGCAAUCUACGUGCUCAGGGUCUAAGAUGUGCGACACCAGCGUUCGGCAAGAGCACAGCAGGUAUCCUUCUGGGCCAGGCAUCUUGGGAAAUUGGAGAGCGCGAGAAGGGCCUUGCGAGCAAGAUACAAACUUUAAGCCAUACUGUAAAUAUUAGUCGAUAUUACAACUAGGAGAGGAUGACAGUCCCCUGGGCUCGGUUCUCGGAUUAGGAA